GUAAAACGUAAAAACUAAAAUGAUUAAUAAUGAGAUAAACUCUUUUGAUGGAUUUCACUCUGGCUUUUAGCAGAAAAGAAUGAGUGAUAAAGUAAAACUUAUGACCGCAGGUGCCGUUCUUCACUUCCGCACCAUGUGAGUCACCGCAGCAGAAGCUGAUUUGCUGGCGGCUCAUCACCGCAUCCUCCGGGACACAGAGGGGCUUUCCUCCGCUGAUGCACAGACAUCCAGCUGACGGAGCGAGCGGCUGAAGGAACACCGAUUCCCGGCGUGGUGCACCGCGGUCAUGAGUGCGGACGUGGCGGCGUCCCUGUCGGUGCUGGCGCUGGUCGUGGUUGUGAGUGAAGUGACCCGCAGACUGCUGAUCGGGCCCCGCGCGGGCACCGGGCUCGCGGUUUACGCGGGGGAGCUGGUCUCCACCUUCCAGCUGUGCUGCUGCACGCACGAGCUCAAGCUGCUGUCGGACGUCGGAGGCAUCGAGCCUCAGCUCGCGCUCACCUUCACCUACCUGGCGGCCGUGAUCCACGGACUCACCUUCAGAGGCGCCAUCGGGAACCCGUCAGGUGUGCUCGUGCACGCGUACCACGCCAAGCUCCCCGCUGGAUGCGCACUGCGGCGGAUCGCGUGCCAGUUCGCCGCGGCGGGAGCCGCGCGCGCCGCGGUGGGAGCCGCGCGCGCCGCGGUGCGGCUCGUCUGGGGGAUCGGGCUGUCGGAGCUGCACGUGCGCCAUCAGCUGCUGGGCUUCCGGUGCAGCAGCCCCAUCCGCGCGUCCUUCAGCAAGGCCGCCGGCGUGGAGCUGGCGUGCGCCUUUGCGGUUCAGACUGUCAUCACCUCCACGCACAGGCUGGAGGAGAAGUACCGCGUGCACGCGGUGGCUGCUGCCAUCACCACGAUGGUUUAUGCAGGUGGCAGUGUCACAGGAGCAGUGUUUAACCCCGCGGUGGCCUUCUCCACCCAGUUCUCCUGCACUGGAAAGUCCUUCCUGGAAUACUGCUUCAUAUACUGGCUAAGCCCCGUUCUAGGUAUGAUGAGCUCAGUGCUGCUGUCUGACAAACUCACAGCUGUUUUGUGGAGGACAUCCUCGCCUCCACAUCUUCCUCUCAGCUCCAAGAAGAAGACGUGAGCCCUGAGGAACACCUCCUCACCAACAUUGGAUGUUUCCGAAUGACUGCUGAGGAGCAAACGGCCACUGACACGCACUUUGCUUUGAGAACUGGACUGAUUUUACAUGCGAAUUUUCAUAAUAAAAGCACGCGUAGGAAGCCAAGCACAAAAUGAAAUCGUCUAAUUUUGAAAUGUCACAAGAAAAUUCCACUUUUUCAGAAUUUUACUCUUUUGAAAUGAACAUUUUUAGCUUGUCUUUGAUUUUCAGCUUCUGCAUACGUAAAAAAAUGUCAAGUUAUGUUUCCAUUAAAACUAUAAAUCUAAUAAUCACAUGAAUAGUUCGUUGUAGCAACUUCUAGUUGAGUUCAAUUAAAAGAAAGUGCACUGCAAUAUAUUAAAAUAAAACAAAGUGCAUUAUGGGGAACUGCUGGUUUAAUAAGUGCCUUUGGGUCUCAAUAAAAACUGUAAAUUUCAA